CCCUAAAAAUUUUUUUUUAAAAACUAUCUUUUGGGGCACCUGGGUGGCUCAGUUGCCCCAAGCAUCAGACUUCGUCUCCGGGGUUCGAGCUCCACAUUAGGUUCUUCACUGACAGUGCUGAGCCUGCUUGGGAUUCUCUCUCCCUCUCUCUCUGUCCCCCGCCUCCCCCCAAAACACACACACACUCUCUCUCUCAAAAUAAACUUAAAAAAAAACCUAUCUUUUUAUCAUUGCCAUAUAUAAUAAUGUUACAAAAUAACCAAGAAAAGUAUGUGUUUAUAUGUAAGCAUAUGUAUGUUUUGUAUAUACGUAUAACACACACACACACACGAAGGCAGUCAUAAAAUGUGUUCAUAGGUUCCUAAUUUGGUUCCUAAUUUCAGAAGUGUGCAAAUGCAAGUUUAUCCCUAGGAGAUGCAUAAUUUGCAUGAUAAUUGUUUUCUGAGUUGUGUGUACUUUCAGAUAUUACUUAUGAAAGAUUGAACAGCUUACUUUUUCUUUUUUUCUCAGAAAUAAACUCUGAGGAUCACAGAUAUUAUUCUUUUAUGUUACAUUUUACAGUCUUAGUCACAAAAACUGUUUACACAUGGUAAAGUUAAUUGCAUAUUGGUACCCACAAAACGGGGGCCAAGGUCACAAAUCUCAACCUAAGUCAGCCUGAUCUAAUGGUACUCCUCUCAUUGUCAAAGAAACCUAAUAUAUGCCAGUCACAAUCUUGCAACUCAGCUUUAGCUAGCUUACUUGGCCUUAUUAGGAAAUCCCUAUUAAUCAAAUUCACUCUUGACCAACAUCCCUCCGAAGAGUGCUUUAUGGUUUGUUUUCCCUUGAAUAAAAGACAUCAAAUUGUUACUGUUUUAGUUUUGUUAUUUGACACAUUUGUUAUUUGCUUCCUUUUGGCAGCUCUGAGUUAAAAGGCACACUUUUGGAAAAAUAGUUUAAAAUUUCCCCUUUAUGAACUUUAUAUUACAAAACUUCCUAGCACAUAGAAAAGGAGAAAACAGUAAAAUGAUCAUACCCACAUAUUAGACGUAGAAAUCCUUAACAUGUUACUAUAUUUGCCUUUUCUGGUUGUUAUUUAAUUACAAAUAUGUAAUAUAAUGCUAAGUAUUCUAAUAUGCAUCUCUAAAAAAACUAAAUUUUCCUACAUAAUCCCAAUAGUUAUUAUCACAAUUAACAAAACUAACGUAACUUCCCUUAAUAUUUUUAAGAUCCGAUCCAUACACAAAUUUCCCCAGUUGUUCCCAAACGUCUUUUUGUUUUCUCCAACCAGGAUCUGAUCCAGGACCACACUGUAUUUGAUGGUAUGUUAAAGUUUAACCCAUAACCUCUGGGACUUUGGUAGAAUUUGGGCGCCAGAGAGCAAUACAGACUGUUGAUAACAUCUCAUUAAUAACGCCCCCUUUACCAUCUGCCUCCCUGCCACGUGGACUGCCCCAACGUACAUGAAACCUGCGAGCGGUCGCGGUAUUUUCAUGGAAAUGUAGUUCUGGAUGUUCCGGCUGACCGCGCGGCAUUCUAGGAACGGAUAUCCUGGGCUUUUCCCUGCGCAUGUGCAGUCACCCCCAUUUACCGGCUUCCGUCCUCCCAGGCUGUGCGGAUGCGCCGGGUUUGCCCUUAGCUUAUCCUUCACAGUUGUCCGUACUCUCCCAACAACAGCAGAAAAUGGACACAACUCAGGCAUCAGUGUCAUUCAAGGACGUGACUGUGGAGUUCACCCAGGAGGAGUGGCAGCAAAUAGGUCCAAUUCAGAGGACCCUGUAUAGAGAUGUGAUGCUGGAGAACUACAACAACCUGGUCUCAGUGGGGAACUGCAUUUUCAAACCAGCAGUAAUCUUCAAAUUGGAGCAAGGAGAGGAGCCUUGGUUCUUAGAAGAAGAAUUCUUAAACCAGAGCCACCAAGAAGAUUACAGAGAUGAUUACCUGAUCAAGAGGAACAAGAAAAUCAAAGACAACCACUUUCAGGAAGUAAUAUCCAUUGAUAAUAAACUAUUGACUGGAGAGGAAGAGGAAAUUUUGGGAAAACAGUUUAAUCUGCACAUAGCUCCUGUUUCAACAAAAAUGUCCUGUAAAUAUGACUCAUGGGGAGUAAAUUUGCAAAAUAUUUCCCAAUUUAUCAUUAAUAAUAGAAACUAUUCAACAAAAAAACCAGAUUGCUGUAGUGUAUGUGAAAAUUUGUCUUUCAAAAUUAAGUUUGAGAGAAGUCACACUGGAGAGAAGUUAUAUGAAUAUAAUAGAAGUGGGGAAGCUUUCAGUUAUAAGGAAAAUCCUCCUGAGAGUCAAAAGUGUCAAACGUUGGAGCAAGCUUUUAAAUAUAAUGAAAUUGGAAAAACCAUCUAUGAUGAGGCUGCCUGUGUUACACAUAAGAAUAUUCACACAGGAGAAAAAUCCUAUAAAAAUGAUGGAUUUAGGGGAAAAAAUGAAAAAACAACUGUCUUUAACUAUAAAACAACUGGGACAGGGGAGAAAUACCCUCAUCUUAACCAAUGUGGGAAAUCCUUCUGUGAGAAGUCAGCUCUCAAGGAAUACAAUAAAUUCAACAUGGCUGUGAAACAUGAAUGUAAUGCAAGUGGGAAUAAUUUCUACAGGAAGUCAUACUUCACUCAACCUCAGAUACCUGUCACAGAAGAGAACUCAUUAGUAUGUAAUGACAGAAGACAAACUGGGGAUAAAUCCUUUGAAUAUCAUGAAGAUAGGAAUUCCUACCACAUAUCAGCCCACAAAGUACGACAGCGAAGUCACUCUGAAGUAAAACCCUAUAAGUGUAAUGAAUGUGGUAAAUCUUUCUUUCAAAAAGGACAUCUCAUUCAACAUCAGAGAACUCACACAGGAGAGAAACCAUUUGAAUGUAAUGAAUGUGGAAAAACCUUCUCCCAGAAGUCACACCUCAGUACACAUCAGAGAAUUCACAGAGCAGAAAAACCCUAUAAGUGUAAUGAAUGUGGGAAAACAUUUGUCCAGAAGUCAACCCUCAGGGGACAUCAGAGAAUUCAUACAGGAGAGAAGCCUUAUAAAUGUAGUGAAUGUGGGAAAACUUUUGUUCAAAAGUCAACCCUCAGAGAUCAUCACAGAAUUCACACAGGAGAGAAAUCCUUUCAGUGUAAUGAAUGUGGGAAAACUUUUGGUCAGAAGUCAAACCUCAGAAUACAUCAGAGAACACAUAGUGGUGAGAAAACAUAUCAGUGUAACGAAUGUGAAAAAUCGUUCUGGCGAAAAGACCAUCUCAUUCAACAUCAGAAAACACACACAGGAGAGAAACCUUUUAAAUGUAAUGAAUGUGGGAAAACUUUUGCCCGGACAUCAACCCUUAGAGUGCAUCAAAGAAUUCAUACUGGGGAGAAACCAUUUAAAUGUAAUGAAUGUGGGAAAAAAUUUGUCCGGAAGGCAAUCCUUAAUGAUCAUCAGAGAAUUCAUACAGGAGAGAAACCUUUUCAGUGUAAUAAAUGUGGGAAAACUUUUGGCCAGAAAUCAAACCUCAGAAUACAUCAGAGAAUUCACAGUGGUGAAAUCUUAUAAAUGUAAUGAAUUUGGAACAUUGUCUAAGAAGUCAACCCUAAAUAUUUACCAGAGAAUUCAGGGAGGGAGGGAAAUCCUGUUGAUAUAAUAACUGUGGAAAAUCAUUGUGGCUGAAAGACCAAUCCAUUUGACUCCAGAAAAUCCACACAAGAGAGGAACCACAUACAUAUGAAUGUAGGAAAACCUUUAUCCAAAAAGCAACCUUGAAUAUAUAUCAGAGAAUGCACACAGACUGAUACUCCUUUCAAGAUACUAUGGAAAGCCCUCUUGAAAGAAGCCAUGCCUUUUAAGAUAACUCACACAUAAUUGUCUGGGUCUCCCUUUCCUCCAAAUAGGGCUGGUGGACUUUGAAUGUUCAUGUUGUAUGCCAUAUCUAGUUCUGACAAAAGACCUCCCUGACAAACUACAGGGAUACUGUCAGAAUAAAACAGAGAUGACCCAAGACAACCUUGGGUAUCAUGCUUCAA